GCUGCAGAGAGUCCGUUGGGCGCUGGCCGAAGGAGAGGUGCGGUAAGGGAUCGCUCCGCAACUCUCCCUUCAUGUUCAUGGUCUCCCUGGAUCCUGGCUGACUGGCCGACAGGCAUGUCAAGAGAUGGAGAAGGAGAAGAUGCCUUUUUUCCCAAGGAUGUCCUCCUCUAUUCCCCUGACAGUGGUCCUUUUAUGGAGGAGACAGAGGUGGGCAGCUCCGUGCUGAGUUGGACUUGGGAACAGAGGACAGCCUCCUCUCAGUGGAGCCUGGAGUCUGAAGCCAGCAGGAGUGCUCCCCUUGCGAUGGCCUGUCAGGAUGACAGCAACCUGGCUGGGAAAGCCCUUCAAGAUUCACAGACAGUGCGUGGGGGUACAGGUCCUGAGGCCUGUGUUCCGGGCCCAGACCGACAGGCUCAGGAGGAAGGCAAGGAUGCCCUGCUGUUCCCAGAUCUUCAUGUCCAGCCUCCUCUUGCGCCAAUGGAGAGGAAAGCACAGUUCUUAAAAAAGCUUCACGUGGCUUUACAUGACAUCUUAGCAGAAAACUGGGGUAAGAAACUCAGCCAAGUGGCCCAAAGCAGCGGGCCCACAGGAAAGGGAGAGAGAUUGCUGGGAGUUGAGAGCUGUCCUGCCCUCCAGGAGAUCCCUGGAGAGGGACUGCCUGGGGAGAGGGGUCCUCCAGGAGCUGACCAAAGACACCCCAACAACCAUGUGGAGAACUCCUCUGAAAUGAAAUGGCUCACCCCGCUGGCCUUUCCUGAGUGCCUCUCUGAGGUGUGCGAACAGGGCAUCUUCUCUCGCUUGGCCCUAGGACAGGAGAACUGUGUGGACUGUCCUCUGGAUGCUUGUGAGGUGGCAGAAGAAGGAGAACAGGUGAAGAGACAACAGCCUGAUGCCUCCCCUCUUUCCCCUAGCUGGGUCCUGGAGAGGGCAAACAAGAACAACAGGCUGUGGACCAACUUCAGAGAGGUGAGGAAGAGGAGGAAGCCCAGGAAAAAGAAUCCUGGAAGAGACGAAAGAGGCCGAGACUACCGGGGCCCUGCACAGAGCGCAGGUAGGGCAGACCCAAAGACUCCAGGAAACCCCUUUCUGAACAGCAGUCGGGAGGCUUGUGGAGAAAUGGGAGGUGUUGCUGGGACCUCCCUAAUGGCUAAAACAGAGCCUAAGCUAAUGGGGAAGACCCAGCAACGGACCUGCCAGCAGAAAGCCCUCCCCACAUAUCCUGCCUCCUCUUCUCUAUGUGGCCCCACCGAUCCUCUCUUGCUCAAGAGGACUGGAAGCAGGAAGGCUUCUGGCUGUGCCCCCACUGGGUGUCAGAGAGGCACAGUGACUGCUACUUCAGCUGCGGAGGCCUUGGGUCCUCCUGGGAGGCCAGCCAUACCCAGUGUAAUGCCAGUCUCUAAGACUUCCUGGAAAAGUCCUGACCAGUGCCCCCCAGCUGCCCCCUGCGAUCCCCUGACUUUGACUUCGUUCUCUAGAUUAUCAGGAGAAAUCUCUACAGAACACGAAGAUCUUGGUUUUGCUAUGGUGCCCAAGGCCGUCACUGAGGAUGAUGGUACUUACCUCUCAGACAGUGCUGAGGAACUGGAAUCUGCUGUUGGCAAAGGUGUUGUGGGUGCCUCUGAUGCCAACAGGCAAGUGAUGCUAGGAUUGCCUGCGAGGCCCCAAGGGUUCUGUACCACGAGUCAACCCCGUGGUCAGGCUGGCCUGGGUUUCCCAUUAGCCAAGUCUUCCUCAAAGGGACUUGUGGCCAGUGGAACCAGUCGGGACCCUGAAGUAGCUGAGACAUCUAGGAGACCCUCUAGACAUCGUCAGAAUAGAUCCAGAGCUGGAGAGAAGCCAAGGAGAGGGGCAUUAUCCUCUGCCCAGCAACGGGGCAGGAAUGGAGGAUCCAGAACAAGGAAUGUGGGAGAUCGGGAACCAGCCAGAGGAAGCAGAAGCAGAGAGGAGGAAGAGCGGAUAUUGCCUCGCCUGCCACGUGGCGUGAAACUUGUGUGUUACUUAGGAUCUGGGUCAUCAGUCAGACUCCUGGGGGCUGUCAGCCAAGCAUGGGAAGCCACCAAGCCACCACAAUUGGAAGAACUGGAGGACCUCUCAGAAGCCGGCUCAGAGGCACCUUCCCAGAGAUCCCAGCUUCCCUCCUGUUGGGCCAAGGGUCCACAACAGGCAAGAGGGGCUGCUACGUCCCUGCCCUCCCUCUUUCCCUUUGAGUGGGAGUACCAGAGAAUUGCUGUCCUCCCCAGGCCCCGCACUUUGGAUCCAGCUGGCUCCCUGUCUGACCCCUACCAAGUCAUUUUGGGGCGUGAGGAGCAGCAGCCAGCCAUGAACAGCAGGACUCUUGUCAGGAGCAGAGGGAAGGCUGUGAGUUCUGCUUCAGAUGAAGGUUGUGAGACAGAUGGCUCAUCUGAGUGGAGAUGUCCAGUAGGAGGUUGGAGACACAGGACUGGAACUUGGAUGAGGCCUGGAUACGUCGAUCUGGGAGGCAGUUACCUCGAGGUGGCAGUUAAAUCAGUGGGAGCUAGUGAGAUUCCCAAGAGGGAGGGCAGAGUGAGAGAAGAGAACAGAGCCUUGCAGGCAAGGAAAGAUGUCUUCAGUGAAGGGGAGAAGAAGCCGCUCUCCCAGCUGGGCAGAGCCUCUGUGCCCAUGCCCGCAGAGAAGCCACUGAACCCAGCCGAGCCCAAGGUGAGGGAGCAAAAGAGACGUCUGCCCAAGGAGAAGCCGCCGUCUGCACCGGGCCCUUCCCUGCAGCUCUCGGGGGAGCAGGUGCGAAGUGCUGUGGCAGAGUCCCUGAGGGAGGUGCUCUUAAAACGGCUGCAGGAGCCUGCCGACCUGGCUGUGGGCGAGGAGGCUGUGAGGGGCAUCGCUGCCAACAUCGAGGCUGCCAUCUUUGAACUUAUGCAGUGCACUGACUACCGCUACAAGACCAAAUACCGAAGCCUGGUGUUCAACCUGAGAGAUCCCAGGAACAAGGACCUGUUCCUUCAGGUGAUCCGUGGAGACAUCACCCCACAGGGCCUGGUUCGCAUGAGUGCCACAGAGCUGGCUUCCCAGGAGCUGGCGGAGUGGCGGGACCGGGAGGUGAAGCAUGGCUUGGAGAUCAUUGAGAAGCAGCAGCGAGAGGCUCCACGCUGUCGGGUCACCAAAGUGACCCACAAAGGGGAGAUUGAAAUACAUCCAGAUGUGGACCAGACUCUCACAUUGGAGGACUUGACUGAGCCAGCCUCCCGUCUGGACCUAAGCCUUCGCCCUCAGCCUGGGGCAGCUGAAUCCCAGUCUGGGCGGGACACCACGGAGCAGCAUGAGAGCCAUUUCCUGGACCCUGACUGCCGAGUCUGCAUGGGCUGGGAGGCCCCUCGAGGGGGAAGAGGCUUCAAUGCACCCAGGAGCACCCCACUCUCCAGGAGCAGAGUCACCAGCAACCCACAGAAACUUCCUAGCCCUGCUUCCUUGCCUCGAGUAGACACCUCACUGCCGGGGAUGUCCAAAAGCAGAACUGGCACUCAGACCCAGCCCCAGGACAGGCCUGAGUUGGCCUCCUGCCUGAGGCAGGUUCUGAAGCCGAAGGCUUUGCAGGGCCAGCCGUUGUGGGAAGGUGCCCUGGAAAUGUUCUCCAUCAAGCGAUUCACCACUAAAGCCUUUCUGGUUCAUGGCUACAGUAGCCAACUUAUCCAGGCUUUGCCCAAGGUGAUCUACUCGGCAGGCUGCGUGCUCCCUGAAGCCGUCUGGGAUUACUUGGACAGCAUCUGGCCAUCGGAAGCCAAGGACGUCAGCGUGGUCCGCCUGUGCCCUCGGGGGGCCCGGGAUGCCCAGAAUUACAACAUGCUCUACUCCUACCUCAACAACAAGCAGCGCUAUGGCAUGGUGGCCAGUGAGCACCUGGACAUGUUCCUGGUGCCCCUGCCAGCUUUCCAGCCUGUGCCCCCCAAGCUCCGCCCUCUGGGAGGCCCAGAGAUAGAAGGCGGUCCCUGGAGCCUCUCUGUUCGUGGUCAGCCCUGCACUUUUGGGCCGGAUGAGCUUGUAGAAAGGAGUGCUGUUCCAUGGGAGAAAACGGCCUCAGGCCUGGAAGUCACUCACUGCAGCCUCGUGCUGGGUCUGAUCCUGCCCAAGGUGCCACCGCCAGGUGAUUCCCGGCUAAAUGGGGCCAGCCCCUUGCAGAAGAAACGCAAGACAGUCACCUUCAAGGAGCCGGUGGAGACAAAGUGCUACUCCCUGGGGUUCAGGAGGCCCCAUCGGGUUUCCAAGCCUGGGCCUUCCUGGGCCCCUGAGUCUAGCCUGGAGGGCCCCCCAGCCUGGGAAGGUAUCUCAGACGAUUUCUUGGAAGAGGUGGCUGGACAUGUGGAGCAGGAGCAGCCCGAUGGAGGGAGGGGACCCUAUGGCCUCUCCUUCUGCUGCCGGCACGAAGCUUCGGGCCCAGGACCCGAUGGCUCCUGCCCCCUGGGCAGCCUGGCCCCCCCGGAUCCCCUACCCGCCUGGGGUCAGUUUGGCGCCAGUGGAAGGAUUCGGGGUCAGCGAGCCCAGCCCUUUGUGGAUGGUGUGGGCCCUGGGCUGGUGCCUCUGGGUGCACCGCUACACCCUGAGUGUGGAGGCCUAUCUCAGGAGCUGGGGGCCCUGGCCUCCUCCAGCUGGCUGGCUUGUUCCACUUUGGCAGCGCCCCGGCUGUGGCCCUGGCCCCAGUGCCCAACCUGCUCUCCCACCCUCCGGCUGCCGACUGCUACCAUGCCUAUCCUGACCAUGCUGCCACCACCUGUCCCCACACUGCUGCUGUGUGCCCUCCCACUCACACCCCUCUCCUCCCUGCCGGGGAAGCCCUGCCUCUCAUCCAGCACCUCGAGGCCCUGGUGAAGAUGAAUAGUCAGCUGCAGGCCUCCUUGCAGAUGUCUGCACCAGACCCCUCCCUUCCUGGGCCUGGGGCUGCAGGGGCCCCGGGACCAGUGGGGCUGGCGGGCCCAGGUGGGGAGGCAGAGAACCAUGUGUGCCCACCACCUUCCCUCUUCCUGGCUCCCUUCUGUGGAUCUGACCAGCCGCCUCCCCCAGGGAGCCCCUUAUGCCCAUGAGGUUCAAGGCCCCCACUGUCCUCCUAGGUGUGAUGCGCCCAGGCCCCUCGGGGUCCUGUAAGGGAUGCAGUCAAGCCCGAGUGGCAUCUGGACCUCAGAGGGGGCUGUGCCUUCCCCUAUCCCCCAAGUGAGUCUUGAGCCACUUUCUAGGCCAGCGUGCCUGGGGGGUGAGCACCAGUGCCCACAUGUUGGCAUUUCCUGUUCUGCUUGUUUUUGUUCAGGGUUCAAUAAAAAGUAUCCGCAAACCUUU